CCCCAUUAUUAAUAUCUCGCCCUUAAGACAACACUUACUCAUUACGCCCAAAUUCGUUACAAUGCCUCCUUGGAUCUCUGCCCCCGGUAUCAGUGCCAUCAAGGACUCUAAAUCUACAUUCGAAAUUAUCAUCGACAGGGGAUCCGCACUUAUUAGGCCAACUUUUGACGACGGGCUAGCUGGAUGGAUUCACUUCGCUAUUCCCAGCCCCGCAUCCAACACUCGAAACCUGAAUGUCCUUGCCAUCGACUUCUCUGGCUCGGCGGCUACUGUGGAUAAAGUGGCGAUUUACCUUGCAAAUGACCCUCAGUUCAAGAAGGAGAAUCUGCAAAAGAGAGAGUCCUUCAAACUCGACAUGCCGGACUCAAUUUCCUACGAGGGAACGGGGAUAUCCGUGUCAACCUACCUUCAGUUUGAGGGUAUAUAUUCUCAGAUCUCCUUCCAUUCAGUUGGAAUUCAGAAUUAAGCUCUGUGCAGUUAGGGUAGCAUAAGUUGUGAUACGAUUGUUAAUCAGUCGUCAGUAUACGGAUAUACAAAUAGGUAGUUGUGUGAUUAAAUUUUAGAUAUGCUCGCAUAUUUUCCUGUCAUUUAGUAUAGUCGCCAGGUACCUAGGUCGAACAUGAUCCAGAAUACUCUCUCUA